CUACAUAAUUAUUUUUGUUGUGGUUUUGUUGUUGUUGCAAUAUAAAUUCUUUUGUUUUUAUUAAAGUUAUUUGCGUAAAGUUUGUUUAUAACAUAAAUUUUUCACAAAAUGCAAGAACAAAAUAAUCCUUUAGUAUCAAUAAAAGUUCCAGCUGUACAAUUUGAAACAAAUAAAGAUUUUCAAAAUAAAGGCUUACGCUAUGAAGGUGACAGUGGUUUUCUGCGUUAUCGCCACAAAUGGUUGCAGCCCAAAGGAGACUCACAAGCAAAUCGCGAAAUACUUAACACUUUGUUGUCUACACAAGGUGAUAAUAGUGCUGACUGUGUUGAGAAAUUGAUUUCGGAAAAUAUUUCCUAUCGCGAUUUGGCCUCAUUAACGCAUCAGGAUUUGGAAUUAAUGGGUUUUGUACGUCCUAAGCAGCGGGAAGAGUUAUUAGCAUUUUUUGCCCAGUUACCCAAUCAGGAUCCUUCACUGGAACAGAUUUACUACUUGAAGGAGGCUUCUAAUUAUAAUCGUCAAAUUAUUAAUAAUGCUAGUAAUCAUUUAGAUUCCAUGCGUUCUGCUUUAGCUGCUGCUAAUUAUAAAUUACAAAUAAUGCCACCAGAAGAUGUGAUUGUGGGUGAAAAAUCAUUUGCCAGUCGUUUUGUUUUAGAAGCCAUAAAUGAACUGUAUGGAGUUACCGAAGAUAUUGAAGAGGAGAUAUCAGAAAUGGAAGAAAUAAUUUAUGAAAAACUUCAAUCAACUAAAAUCUCGAAAUCACCUACAAAUAAGUUUCAACUAACUCUCUGGUUGAUUUUCGGUUCCUUAUCAUCGAUUGGAGCAUUAUUUGCAUUAUAUUUUUGGAAAUUUAAAAAAUAGUUGAAAACUACAAGUUACCUGUUUACACCAUAUUCUCGUUGCUUUGAUGCCAAAUAGUACAAAAAAGAAAAAAAAUUCUACCGGCAGACACACCAUGUUAAAAUAGUA